AUGAGUAGCCGCUCCAGGACAAGUUCUCAAGGAAAGAGAUGGAAUGGAAAGAAUACUACCAGCACUCAUUGGAGUUCUCAAUCUUACUCGAUGAAGGAGAUUCCUGAUCAGUUUAGUUUACCACUGGUGGUACGGUGUAAUCCUCAAACAUUGUUUACAAAGAGGUCCCAACCGUUACCAGUGAACCUCGGUCAACCUAUGUUAUUGUAUGAGAGUAGAACUGUCAGAAAAUUAUUAGCUAGAAAUGUAUUAUAUGAUGAACGUGCUAAGAAAUUUGGAGAAACUGAUGAAACUGUUGUUAUACCAGCUGAUUAUCAAGGACACUUCUUAAGAUUAAAUGCAAGAACAGCACGAGAUGAAAUAAUUCAUAAUAGUGUAGAAUCACUGGCUAAGAGUAAAGCAACAGCGUUCGUGAAUGUUAACAAAUUAACAGCUUUUCAAAUUGGCAAGAAUCAACAAAGUAAUUAUUAUCCACGUUUGGAAUUUUCACCUGGUAGCGUCUUUAUAGUGGAUAAAAUGUUUAAAGGUACCACUCGACAGAAAGUUGAAGGCGUCACUCCAGAUAUCGAGAAUCCAAAACAAGAGCUUUGUUAUUUGAAAUGCCGUGACGAAAGAAACAUUGAUAUUUUGAUACCAUUGGGUCACCCUGGAGAAUUUAUAGAAGUUCUACCAAAUACUGAUGAACAAAGUACCAAAUUAUCAAUGCUCAGUUCCCAAAUUAUCACCAACCAAAAAUUCCCUCAGCUGUUACGUUAUGUUUAUGGUGGAACACGACCACGUCUGACGUCAUAUUCUGGUCUCUUUACUGCCCUUGAUUCAUUUGAAGAAACUAGCCUUAUUGGGUGCGUUUUAAAUUCUUCUGGAUAUACUCUGGUUGAACUACCAUUAACAUCACCAUUAUCAUUUCAAAUUGCUUUAAAUAGCAACGAUCUUCUGAAUGUCCCAGUCUUGAAACAAGCAUGGCGACUCUGCAAUAAACAAUCCAACAGCUUUGCCAGCGAUAUGAAAUUCAAAUUUAAAUUCGCUUUGAGACUUUUGGAAUCCAAUGUGCAAGAAAACAAAAUGGAUGAUGAUGACGAUGACCCACCAAGUGCAACAAAUAGUGCUAGAUUUGGUAUUACACAUUCUUACAUAUAUUUAUAAACGUUUAUCGACAUUGAGUGUGUCUCUCAGAGCUACCAAAAUGAACGGAAAUUAACGACUUCAGCCGAAUGGCUGUGAGCCUCAAGUUUUAGGUGAACUAAAAUAAUUUCUAACAAAACAUACUCUUGCAUAUGGCUGAAUAUAAGUUGGAAAUAAUCAAU